GUUCUUCUUCCCCAUUUUUCAUGUGAACCUUUAAGUCAUCCUCGUGGUUUAAUUAUUGAUGACAUCGACAGUAAUAAACUCAGUGACGUCGAUAGUGACGAAGUCAGGCCGGGAGAGCGAAUCUUACUUGAAGUCAAGAAAAGGCCACCACCAAAUGUGCCAAUUAAAAAGGCUAACCCUGUAAAAUCGGUUUCUUUAACCCAUCAGAAACUGAAGAAUAUCAAGAAAGUACCCUCUAUUCCACCGGUAACCACUCCUAAACCCGAAGUUAAGAAAGCCCCUAUUAAAUUGAAUCCCGUUCAUUUGAAGCGCAAUCCCCAACCAGUGGUUCCUAAACCUGUCAAGGUGGUAAAGAAGGUCGCAGAGAGGAAGUUGGUUCCGACUUAUGAUGAUCAUGAUUGCGAUGGAAUUCCUGAUGAUGUGGAUGAUGAUGUUGACAACGAUGGACUUUUGGAUCGAACUCAAGAUUCGGAUUGGGAUGGUCUACUCAAUCAUGUUGAUGAUGACGAUGACAAUGAUGGAAUUCCCGAUAAGGAGGAUGAAGAUUCUAAUGGUGAUGGAAUUCCUGAUUGUCGUCUAGAUACUACUGAUCAUAAGAUGAAAUUGCGUUUCGGAAACAAGCAAAAAGUACUUGAUAGUGACAUGGACGGUAUUCCAGACGACGUAGAUCUUGACGAUGACAACAAUGGGAUUCCAGACAUGCUAGAGGAUCGAAACGGUGAUCAAAUUCCAGAUUUCCUGGAACCUGUCAUCGAUGAGUUACGAACUCUGGACGAUGUUGUGCGUUUGAACAAGAUGAUGGCCGCUGUAGGAUGGAGCGAUCGUGAUUGCGAUGGAAUUCCUGACCACUUGGAUCCUGAUGAUGAUAACGACGGUUACUUCGACAAGAAACAGGAUAGUGAUCGUGAUGGUAUUCUCAAUGAAUACGAUGAUGAUGACGACAAUGAUGGAAUUCCUGACAUUGAAGAUUUGGAUGCUAAUGGAGAUGGCAUUCCUGACUGUGUUAUCCAGGAUUCAGACGGUGAUGGCAUUCCUGAUCAUAUUGACACCGAUGACGAUAACGACGGGAUUCCUGAUCUGAAGGAUCCAAAUCACAAAUUCUUCAAUUUCUUCCGCGAUAGUGACAAUGACGGAAUUCCAGACAUUCUUGACAAAGACGAUGAUAACGAUGGAAUUCCUGAUCAUUUGGAUAGUGACGGGGUGAGAGGACUUGGAAUCGAUUCUGACGGUGAUGGGUUCCCUGACGCGAUCGACGAUGACAUGAACGACGAUGGAAUUCCAGACCAUCUUCAGGAUCACGAUUGUGAUGGUAUUCCAGACAUCAUUGACCCUGAUGAUGAUAACGAUGGGUACUUCGAUAAUAAACAGGACAGUGAUAACGAUGGCAUCCUCAAUGAAUGGGACGACGAUGACGAUAAUGAUGGAAUUCCAGAUUCUGAGGAUGAGGAUUCAAAUGGAGAUGGUAUUCCUGACUGUCAGCCUAAAGAUUCUGAUGGAGAUGGCAUUCCAGACCAUUUGGAUGACGAUGACGACAAUGAUGGCAUUCCUGACCAUCUUGAUCCCGAUCACAUGGCCUUUCUCAUGUACAAACCCAAAAACUUGGAAGCUAUGACAGCUCAACAGGCACAGCACGAGGCCAACACAAUGGCUGCAGACCUGGGGGACCCUGGAGAUAAGGAUUGCGAUGGAAUUCCAGACGAGGAAGAUGACGAUAUGGACAACGAUGGCAAAAUCGACCGAACUCAAGAUUCUGAUUGGGAUGGUUUGCUCAAUCAUAUCGAUGAUGAUGACGAUAAUGAUGGCAUUCCUGAUUAUCUUGACCCAGACGCAAAUGGUGACGGUAUUCCAGAUUGCAAUCGAAACAAAUCAGUCCACUAUCACGUUGUUCGCACAUUUGGAGGAGCCAUUAAGAAGGUGAUCAAGGUUCGUCAGCUGACAGAAGAGGAAGAUGCAUUGACACGACUCAAGGAGGCUGUAGAUCAUCGUUUGCAUCGUAUUCGAGCUCUGAUGGAUCCUAGUGAUAUACAGCCAACGCCGACGCAGUUUGUGAAAAGUAAUCGAGCCCCGAUCCUAACCCAUCCACCAGUUCCUAAGAAGGCAAAUCAGCCAAACCCAUCUGCGGGGAAGAAAAUUGUGCCCCCAAAGAAAAUGAAGACUGAGGCCAAGUUUGUUCAAAAGAAUCCUUCUGGAAAACCAAAGGUUCCUGUCGGACAGAUGGGCAAAAGAAAGUUGGCUGGUCUUCUCAUGGACUCGGAUGAAGAUGUCCAAAAGUACUCCAGAAAAGAUAUUGUGGAUUUGAAAGCGCAGGCAGAUGAGGUAAUCUAA